AUGGUUAUCAGUGAUCACAGGCGCGGCACUUGGAGAACUGCAACAAGUCUUAAACAGGAACCAUCUCACACUUCAUUCAACAUGUCCGCAAUUCAAAAGAACGUCGAGGCCGCCUCGGAAACCUACUCGUCGACCUUUGACAAGGGCCACCUCGCCCUCCCGCCGGCGAAAAAGUACCUCGUCCUGACGUGCAUGGAUGCCAGGAUCGAUCCGGCGCGGGCUUUUGGUAUCGAGCUGGGCGAUGCGCACGUCAUUCGCAAUGCCGGCGCUUCAGCCGUAGACGCGAUCCGCAGCAUCGUCAUCUCGCAGCAGCUCCUCGGCACGCACGAGAUCGUCCUGGUCAAGCAUACGGGCUGCGGCAUGUUGACUUUCAAGAACGAGGAUGCGUUUGGUCUCGUUGAGAAGAAUCUUGGUGCCGAGGCUUCCUCGGAGGCGGCGAGCCGUAUCCCAGACUUCCUCCCCUUCCCGGAGCUGGAUGCGGCUGUCAAGAAGGAUAUUGAGUUUAUCAAGGCGUCCAAGUUGGUGCCGGAGAGUGUUACUCUGAGCGGAUGGGUUUAUGAGGUUGAGACGGGGAAGACGAGGCGUGUUGUUUGA